AUGACUGCAUCCGUUAAUUUAACGUCAAUGGACGAAACCGAGGUUGUCACAGAGACUUGUCUCGCAGAAAGUGUUAUUUCUGGAGGUGCAGUAGCUUUAGAGUCAGAAAGUCAACUGCUGAAGAAAAGAAGAAGAUCCAGCGCAUCUAAAACCCAGGAAGGUUCAAUUAAAGAAUCGGCAGAGACACUAGGAGAGACAGUGAAGAAGAAGAAGAAGAAGCAGAAUAAAAAUGUGACGUUUAAGAUUUCUGAGAAAGCAUUAGAAAAACGAAUCUCAAUUAAAGAUUUAAGGGACUUGACGUUAUUCCUGAUGAACUCUACAAACAAUGCUCCAAAAUGGAUUGACAUUGAAAAUAGGUCUUCUAUACAGAAAGUCGUGGUCCUUUUUGUUCCAGGUUUAGAACCGGCAGAUUACAACCUACCAAAAGACAGUUCCUUUCACGAGAGUAACCACAUUCUUAAACAAUCAAAGUUGAAUAUUAUUAAAGACAUAUCUGAGAAUGAUAGUGAAAACGUUUUAAACUUCCCAGUGAGUGCCCCGGGGUCAAGAACUUCAUUGUUUUCUGCUUACAAUUCAUUUGUAAAUGUAGGACUGACGAAAAAGGAAAAAGAAGAUAAGAAGAAAGAACUAGAUAAGAAACAAAUUACAAUCAAUGACCUUGUAUUAGAUGUCAACGAUCUAUUAAGAUGCGACUACCCAAUCCACUUGGAAACAGAAGGAAUAGAUGAUCAAUUAAAGGAGGAUUUAAUAAGUCUUUACAAAGAAAAUGACCCUACUGAAGAAUGGGUCAAUACUGUUGAUAGAGAAGAAGAAGAAUCCCAUAUAUAUGCAUUGGAUUGCGAGAUGUGUAUGUCAGAGAAUGGAUUGGUCCUAACACGAAUCAGUAUUGUGAAUUUUGAUGGAAAGGUUGUUUAUGAUAAGUUAGUCAAACCAGAUGUCCCAAUCAUUGAUUAUUUGACUAAAUACAGUGGCAUUACAGAAGAAAAAUUGGAAGGCAUUUCUACAACUCUAAAAGAUGUGCAACAUGAUAUUCUUAAAUUAAUCAGUAAACGUGAUAUAUUGAUUGGUCAUUCAUUACAAAGUGAUUUCAACGUGUUAAAAUUAAGGCACACAAAGGUUGUAGAUACAGCAGUUUGUUUUGAUCAUAAAGCCGGUCCUCCAUUUAGACCGUCGCUGAAGUUUUUAACAUCUGAAUUCAUUGGUAGGGAUAUACAAAAUGAUAAUGAUAAUGGACACGAUUCGAUAGAAGAUGCCAUCGCUUGUUUAGAAUUAGUCAAGCUAAAAAUUGUUAACGGAUUAAUAUUUGGUAUUGCAGUGAACACUGAGAAUUUAUUUUUAAGAUUAUCAAAAAUUGGUAUACGAUCUUUAUGUCUAAAUGACUCAACAUCUAAUAAAGGAUUUCAACUUGUGAAUAAUUUAGCACAGACAGUGGGAUGCAAUGAUGAUACAGAGAUCUUAAAUAAAAUACAAGAAACUAUUAAUGACUAUCAACUGUUCGUAGGUAGAUUAAGAAACUUAGAAUUCUCUCGUAACUUUGCCCAACCUUCAAUAGGGAAAAAUGUUGCAGUUCUAACUGCAGAACAAUCUUUAAAACUUGUUCAGGAUGGUGUACAAAAAGUAUACGACAACGCUCCUGGGGGUACCGCUAUAUUCCUUUUAUCUGGUAGCGGUGAUACUAGAGAAUGGAGUAGUUUAAUGAAGGAACUAAAUUCCCUAAACAAAGAAGACAAACAAAUCGAAAGACAAAAAAAAGAUGAAGAAAUACAACGUGCGGUCUUUAAAGCAAGAGAUGGUGUAGCAUCAAUGGUAUAUAAACAACACUCUACAUAA